UCACCAGACGCUCUCCGACUAACUAGAAAACCUAUUACUUGAUAAGUAAAGGAACUGUUUCUCCUAAAAUAUUUCCAUACAAAGCAAAACAAAAAAACUGGUAAGAAAAUAAAACCUGGUUGGUUCUUGGUUCCCCCUUCGCCGUCAGUUUUUUUUCACUCCUGGAAGGAAGAAGGGUCCUUAAAAGGAAGGUUGGACCCUUAGCCAGGCUACAAAAGUCUCCAGACAGAUAAAUAUUCAGGUGUUACAGUGUAAAAUAAUACAGUUUGCUCGAGUUUGACAUUUUUACGCACCUUAACAAUUUUGUGGUGUUAAUUGAAUUUUCAAAACAGUCAAUUUUUCAAAAAAAUCUUCACCAAUUUUUUGAAAACAUUCCCAAAUUUAAAAAAAAAACAUUCACUUUUCAUCAAACACAAACCUUCAAACUAUAAACUUAAACCUUGUCAGGUUUUAACUUGAGUGUUUACACUGCCCUUCGACACGAAGUUACGAGUGGAAUUCUCUCACUAAUUUGCAUAUCGACCUGUCAAUCAAUUAAUUAAUUGUUAAUAAAUAAUAAGUAUAUACAUACAUAAAAUCGCCGCUUAACUUCCUUUAAAGAUUAUUAGUUAAAUACACGGCAAGGUCUUUAAGGAGUGAUUUAUUUAAGGUGACAAUACUAGCGAUUUAUUGAUUGAAUCCUUAUUUGGAUGCUGGGGAAGAAAAAAAAGUGAUUGAACUGAUUAAAAAAAUUGUUGUUAAAUAUAUAAAUAAAUAAUUUGUCAUUGGAUGAUUAAAUCGUUCUGUGCUGUGAGAAAUAAUAAUAGCAAACGCGACAAAGUUGGACCCCCGACCUGGACAAAUUAUUGUGCUGGAUUGGACUUCCUCGUGAAGAAAAAAAUAGAGAAAGACUUGUGCUGUGAUUGUGACACGUAAAUAGAAGAAAAAACUAAAGCAGAUUUUAAUUUGACAACGAUUUUCUUGAUUGUGACAAAUUGUGAAAAAAAUAAUAAUUUCGAGGAAGUAAAUAUUUUUGAAAGAAAUUUGAAUUUUUGUGAGAAGAGUGAGAAGAUUGAUUUGUUUUGAGUGGAUUGGAGGUGAAGGAAUUGAUCAAAGAAAAAAAUUGUUAUUGUGAAUUUAAAUACUGCUAAAAAACAUUUCACUUUUUGGUAUAAUUUUGUAUUGCCAAUAGUUAAUUGUAGAGUGGAUUUUGUGACUGCGAGAGCAUUGUGACUUGUGAAGUGAUUCUUGUUUGGUUAACAAUAUUGGAGUGGAUUUCAUACAUAUUUCAAGAUGGAUAAAAUAAAAAAAAGGAUUGGGGGAUAAAUUGCAUGCUUUGCAUGAUUGAUAAUAAGAUCUUAUUGUAUUCGAAGAUGAAAUCUCCAUCACCUAAAAUAAGAUAAAAAUCAUCCAAUCCAGUCAUUCCAGAGGGUGUUCUACUAAACUGGGGACCUAGUUUCCCACAGGAAAAAUAAGUACCGGAAACAGUUUAGUUUUUUUAAGUGGGAAUAUUAUCAGAAAAUUUCCAUCUUAUUGAAUGCAUGGAUAAGACGAGACAACCAACCAACUGGUCUAGUUUGGAUAAAUACUUACCAAGUUUAAGGGGAAGGGCUGAAUUUCGUUAAUUGUGAGAAUCCGGUCCAUUUUCAAGUGUCCACUUGACUAGACUGGUGCUAAGAAGAAAUUGAAACUCCCGCCAAAUGUUGUCUAACCAGAAAAAUAGUACAAAUGGAAGGAUAAAGAGGGACUAAAUUCUGCCGGAAUUUUUUAAAAGUUGUUCGAAAUCGUGGGAAGAAAUCAUGGGAAAUUCAAAUUCCACUGGGGGCGGGGGUGGUCAUCAUCACAAUCAGCAACACGGGCAUCACAAACAUGGCCCGCGUUACCCGGGUUAUCACCAUCCCGGGUACCCCGGUCCGGGUUAUGAUGAUGGGUGGAGUCAUUCCCUGGAAACGCCGGAACAGCGGAAUCGCAUGAAGAGAGGCUAUUUCCCGCCCCGAGCUUACAUUGGGGGAAUGCCGCAGCCACAAAAGGUCCUUCCAGUGGCGCCAAAUCCGAAUAAAUUGCUCAAAGCGACGCAAAAUGGGGCCAUUUUGCAUGGCGGGGGGACAAUUUCGGGGAGGAAGUUGGGCGAAUUGGAGUUAGAGAUUAGGAAAAGGAGUACCGUUUCGUUCCCAGGAAAUGGGAUGGAGAACGAGGGAGGGAGAUUGAGCAGUGGGAGGAGUACGCCUAAUUUGGUUAUGAUGCCGAGGAUGGGGUUGUCGGCAGGCCUCCCCGUCUCCUCGUCCUCCUCCCGCAGUCGAGAUUACGGGUCUGAACCUGACUUGCGGGAUGUCGGGCGUUCCUCAAACAGUAAAUAUGACGACGCCACGCUCACCGACGACCGUUCAUCAUCCCCUCCAGUGCCAAAUUCAUUCACCAUAAUUUCCGAAUCCCCCGCCAAAAAGCAGAUCCGCUCAAGAAAGAAGUCAAAAGCCCCGCCACCCCCGCCAAACACGGUUUAUCCCGAUAACCAACCCAACCCAAACUUCUUGAUCCCUUAUCAGUAUCAACUACAACAAAACCCACAACGUCAACUCCUCCUCACGCCGGUAAACGGUUCCCCGCUAAUGGGGCAUGAUGAGAAUAAGAACAAACAAAGGAUAAAAUCCCGCCUCUUCAAGACAAAGGCGGAAUCCCGGUCUGCCAUGAAUUCUCCCGCUUUGCGGGUAACUCCAAGUCCGAGUAAUGAGCUUAAUUCGCGAAAAAUCGAAAAAUCUUCCCCGCAACAACAACAAAGGCAUCCGGUCGAUCCCGAUUUUAAGAAUAAAAUGCGUGCUCCUAACCCUGCGGGAAAAAUGGAUCAACAAAUUGUGCCAAAGGGGAAUAAUAAACAUAAUAAUUACGCCAAAGAGGAGAAAAAUGGAAAGAAAACUUUCUACUUUGGCAUGGACAUGGGAACUUUUAAGCAAAAACAGCAACAGCAACAGCAACAGCAACAAGCGCUUAUCGAACAAGAUAACAUGGGUCAGUCGCAAUCUAAUCAUCAACAAGUAAAUCAGACUCAAGCCCACGUGGCCGACCUGCAUAAGGAGAUAAGCCGGCGAAAAAUGUUGCAAAAAUUGGACGACGAGUCCCGCUCAAGUUCCAGGAACUCGGCCGUGGCGGAUUCAAAGAAAACGGGUAAUAACAAUAAAUUGGCGGUCCUUACAAAACCUGGGAAAAUAACGGCAAAUAAUCGAGCUUCCGAGUCAGAUUCUGACGGAAUUCACCGCCGACAAGAUAGCGGGUCUUUUGAGCUAAACGAGAAGAAGAAUAAUAAAGCCAUUCCCGCAGCCGGUCCGGUUGUCAAUAAUAACAAGAAAAUAAUGCCUUUGAAGAAACCCCGCGAUCAGUCAUCGUCCGACCUUUCGUCAUCCGAUUUAGACGUCCCGCUCGUCGUGACGAGACCAACUUUGCCACAAAAACGUCCAGAACUUCCCCGUUUUUCACCAACAGCGGCAUGGCGAGCGAUCGAUUCGCCCUCUCGCGGAUCCAACAAUUCCUCCUCUAACGGGGGAAGGAUGAGUUUCGAACCGGACCUUUCCGGCGGGGAGGAUUCCCGCCUUCACAGAUUUACCCGACCAUCAGCCCCGCCCAGAAUAUCGGCAGAGAGAUCAGGUGAUUCAGGAAUUUCGGCGGGAGACGCAGGUUCCCCGGCAAACGCGAUCCCGCUCCUUUUAGAGGAAGAAGACGAUCUUCACAAUCCCCGAGUAGAUUACAAUGACGAUUUCGACGACGAAUUUUCCUCCUCCUCCCCACACGUUAAAAUGAACAAGAAGAAAGGCGGCGCCAUGUCGAAGUUAUCAACCACCGGGAUUGUCGGGGCUGACCGGAAAAUGAAAUGCUGGACCCCCGAGCAAGACUUGGAUGAAUCCAGUUCCGACUUUGACCAAGACAACGAUCCCAUCCUGCUCCCCCCGGUGCCCCCAAAACCCGGAAAAAAUCAGAAACCUUCACCCCCCUCAAAUUCUAACUCUCCCUCCGCCGCGGCUACAAAAUAUUUCAACCUUUUCCACGGAAAACGUGCCUCCGCUGUGGUGAGUGACUCUGACUCCAAAUAUUUCGGCGGUGGCGGGAACUCCAAAUUCAGCAGUUCCGACGAACUAAACAGUAAUCCCCCCCACCACCACCGCCGUUUUCACGGUCGAUCCCCCGCCACACAACAGCAAAACGGUCCGCAAAAACGUUUCCUCCGUUCUCCUGCCGCUCACAAAAAGGGCGGCGCCCACGGCUUCGUCGGCCUCGAUACGAAUUGGUUUCUCUCCCGCAGUGAGCCAAAUUCCCUCAACUUUAUCGGCAUCGGAGGCGAAGAAGAGACUCGUGACACUAAUUUCAACAACUACUUCCGCCCCUCCAAGAAAUUCUCCGUCCCCUCAAAACACCCGCCACCACCACCCCCACCACCCUCCAACAAGAUAAAAAAAUCCAAACAAUUUUCACCCCCACAAAUCAUCCCAGGUCGAAAUAAAAAUAAAUCCCUCCAAAAUAACCAAACCAGCUCCUCCCAGGACGAAUUAGAGUGCCAAAUCCAACUCGAAGAUGAAGACUUUGACUCGUAUUCUUCCUCUGAUAUGAGGAAGAAAAACCUGACUUCCGGCCCGAGCAAGCUUACCACCACCACCACUGCACAAUCCGAAAUUGGCUACGGUCCAAGCAACAUGAACUUUAAUAAUAAUAAAAAUAUAAAUAAUUCCCUCUCCUCUUCCGCUUAUGAAGAUCAGGAAGAAGAACUCGAUCUCCGUCUUGAUGAAGAAAACGACUCGGAGGAAUUGAUGCGAGAUGAUUUGUUCGAUUAUUUAGAUCAAUAUGAGGAAGGUGAAUUUGAAAAAGAGCAAGAAAUCGGGACUACCUUUCCUCAAAAUAAAACUACUGAUGCAAUCAUUAACACUACAACUGUCAUGAUCAAUCAUCACAAUAAUAAUGAUAAUGGUGACGAUAAUCAUCCUAACGGGAGCCGUCCCUUCUCCCACCACAUCAUGUAUCUGCCGAGCUACGACGCGAGGAAAAUAUUCAAUCAGAAGAAUCAAAACUGGCGCAGAACUAGGAGCGUGGACGCGUUGGAUUCGGGCGAGAAAAGUCAACUUUUUAAAAGGAUGCCGCCCCCAGGGAAUAAUAAUAAUAUUAAAAUUCAAAAUAUUAAUCAGGAGAGGAUUCAUCAUAUCCAAGUGGAGGAGAGAAAUGACCGGAAAGUGUCUGCGCCUUCCUAUCUGGAGACGAAACACGUCAGUAAUGUGACGAUUAAGGGACAACGUGAAAUCGACGAGGAAGAACGGAGGGCCCAAAAUAAGAAAAAGUUCAAGUUCCAGAGUACCCUGAGGGUUCAGGAGAGGCGGAAAAUGGAGGAGGAGCUAAGUCGUGAAGCGGAUCAGAGGGAGGAGGAACGUUUACGAGAGAUCGAAGAGAUGAAACGGGUGGAGGAAGAGUUUCAAAAAAAGCGACGGGACGAAGCUAGAGCGAGACAGGAGCAGGAAGCGCAGCAAGCUUAUCAGCCUCCAGUGAUCGUGGGGGCGAAAAAGUUUGGGAAAAGUAAUAAUAAUAACCCGGGAAAUUUGGAUAGUGGUAAAAAUACCCGGGUAGUUGCGAACAAUAAGCAAGAGUACAAUAGCCAUCAUUAUAAAAUGAUGUCUCAACGGCAAGAACCGGAAGGAGCGCCGGCGUCAGUGACGGUUAGUUCGGCCUGUAAUUCAUCGGCGUCACCAUCCCCACCGAAUUUAAAUUUAAACGGGACUGGGCAGGAUUUAAGGAAGGAGUUGAUUAGUGCGUCUAAAAAGAGGAGUGGACUUCCUUCAAAUGGUGGACACCAAACGCAAGAAUUGUCCGAAUAUCGGCAAGAAACGAGGCAAUAUUGUGACUAUCGAAGGGCCCCACAGAACGGAAAUCAUCACCGGCAACAGUCACCAAGUCCGGCAAGAUUUAUUCAAAAAUCGUCCUCCUCGUCUGACAUAUUUCCAAUCCCAUCGAGGCGAAGGCCUGGCGGAAGUCAGAGCAGCAAAGUGAGCGGAAGGUCAAGUACGACGACCUUGGCGGCCACCGUGCAUCCCGAAGUGGUUUGUGACAUCCCGGUCAAACCGCAUCCGUACAUGGUUAAUGCGUCCAGACUGGGCGGUUCGAAUUCCACCGUGCACCUCUUGACGUCUGACGACCGUCCCAAUUCCGUCCUCGGAUCUGCACAGAAUCUGCACCAAUUCGGAGGUCAAAUUCGAGGUCAAUCCAGUCCGUCGGGUCGUGGCGGGGACAACUAUAGGCGUGACUGGGCCCAUCAUUUACUAAGUCGGGGAGGCAGCAAUGGUCUUGGUGGAGGGCGUGCAUCCAGCGUGAUGAGUCUGCAUUCUGCUCCACCCAUGAACUCGGAUAAUUUUCGAAAUAGUACCAGCGAUCUGAGCAGGCUGAAUGGGGGCAGCAGUGUUCGAACGGUGUCUCCAAGUGGGGGAGGUGGAUAUGUGAGACAAAGCACCACGACAAGUGGUCCCAGUUAUCGUCAGUAUUCUGCUAGUCCUCCCCCCUCCGCGAGCCCGGUACCAUCCUCGACGACGGAUCCUUAUUUCCAUCACCAAAUGAGUGAAACAAGUAGCCGUGCCAGUCCGGUAAGAAUGACUUCGAGCACGACCGUGAUCUCGAUAGGACCCCAGAUGAAUAAUGUCAUCAGGAAGAAGCCAAAGUCGAAUAAGAAAGGACCACCUCCAACACAAAAUUUGCAAAACCAAGCCCCAUUGUCUCCCAUUUCCACACCCCCAUUUCAAGCCCAACCCUACACGAGUAACAAUAGGACGAGAGGUUAUCGUCCCGUAUCGUUCAAACCGCCCCAACCUACGACUACAGUUAAUUGAGACGAAAAGUUAAACAGAUAACUAAUGCAGUUUAUCGAGAAAAUUGCUUAUCUUGUUAGAUUAUCUGAGACGAAAUAUAUACGAUUAAUAUACGCCAAUUACAGAAUUAAAUAUUAUUACGAGAAUAACUAGUAACAGGGAAAUGAGAGCUUCCAUUAUUAAGGAUAAUCGUUAAUUUUAAGGAUCCGGUAAAAAAAUAAAUUCAUUUAAUUUUAAAAAUGUAACUCAAAUAGUAUUAAUUAGGUUAUAAAAUGGUUCAAUUAUGUUUUUCGAAAAAUAAAAAUAAAAUUAUGAGUCUGAUCUUCUUGAUUAUUUCUGUGCAA